AUGUUUCAGGCAGCUGUAAUCUACAUUCUGGAUCUGGAAGGUCUGAAGUUUGAUGCUUCACUCCUCAGCAUCGUUACAGGACCAUACCGUAUUCUUUGGGCGUCCGUCUAUACAAACUAUCCGGAAUGGAUCUCGCAAAUGUUCAUAGUGAACGCUCCCUCAUUUAUGAGCUUGCUAUGGAAAGCAGUCGGCCCUUUAAUACCCGAGCGAACACGAAGUAAGGUGAAGAUUUGCACGACGAACAGUGACUGGAAGGGUCUUAUCCAAAAAUAUGCCAAAGCAGAGAAUAUCCCUGCACAUUGGGGAGGUACAUUGGUCGAUUCGAAUGGUGAUGGGAUGUGUCGUGACCGUCUCAACAUUCCCUUUGAUCCCAUUCCUCAAGAACUCUACUGGACUCCAGAUGAGCGUUCACCUGGCCUCAACGACCUUACAUGUUUUGCGAUCGUACUUUCGGCAUGGGCAUUUGGCAUCAUGAAAACCCAGCGGCAGUGGACUAUCCAAUUGAUGAGAUGGACGGUUAGUUGA